CUGCUGACAAUCGUGCAGUGAUGUUACAUACUAACUAUACAUGUGUUAGUUAGUCCACGGAGCAUCAGUACCCCAGUGGCUGAGGAGGGUAGUUUGAGCACAACAUCCGAGAACCUGGAACCCAACCAGAUGCAGCUUGCUAUGGAGAAGAAUAUCCAAGGCUACAGACCUCAAGUGAAGUGGCCUAAGUCUGGAAGCAAGAAAGAGUGGACAAAAGUCAACGCAGACCCAAGUAAGAUCCUGAAUGAACUCAGAGGAACAGCAGAGAAGAAGCUAGAUAAAAUGAGCGAUCUGGUGUACUCAUACGGGGUGGAAAGAUUCGGAGCAAAAGAGAGAGGAAAGAAAAAAAACAACAACCCCUCCCAAGUCCAGAAGGCAGCAAGAAAUCAUGUGCCUGGUCAAAAAGAGAAGGGAUUUGAGAAAACAGUGGAAGAAAUCCUCACCAGAAGAGUGAGCUGGCAUAAACCUUCUGCAAGCAGAUCUAAAGGAACGUCUGGGAAGACUGCAGAGAGCAGAAAACGAUGCAAGAAGAAGGAGAGGACAAGAACAUCCUUCUACAAAGAUCCUUUCAGAUUUGUGAAAGCUCUCUUUACAAAGGAAAAGAGUGGGUCACUUAAAGUGUCAAAGAAGGAGCUGGAGGACCACCUGAAAGCAACACACACAGACAGCCAGAUAUAUGAGCAGAGGGUGAUACCACCAGACAUGCCACCCAUUCCUCAACCAGAACAUCAAUUGGAUGACAGCCCUCCAAGGUGGAGCGAGGUUGAGAAAACUGUGAGAAAACCAAGGGCAACUUCAGCUCCUGGACCAAACGGAGUUCCAUACCGGCUGUACAAGAAUGCUCCAGAGGUUCUUCGUUUCCUGUGGAGGCAAAUGAAAGUGGUUUGGAAAAAACAAACCAUCCCAAAAACAUGGCGAAGAGCAGGGGGAGUGCUAAUCCCAAAGGAAAAGGAUGCCUUGAACAUCAACCAGUUUCGAAAAAUCAAUCUCUUGAAUGUUGAAGGAAAGAUCUUCUUUAGCAUUGUUCCUCAAAGGAUGACAACAUACCUGAAACAAAACAAAUUGAUUGAUACGUCGAUACAGAAAGCUGGUAUACCAGGCUUCUCGGGAUGCUUAGAACAUACUAGUAUGAUAUGGGUAGUAGGAGGAGAACGUCUGCAGUCUGGACAGCAUCUUCCUCCUAUUCGUGCAUACAUGGAUGACAUGGCCACCCUGACCUCAACCAUUGCAUGUACCAAACGUCUACUGGCAAAGCUUCAUGCCAACAUAACAUGGGCGCGUAUGAAGUUAAAACCCAGUAAAUCUAGAAGCAUAUCCAUUGUCAGAAGGAAACUCAUAGACCAGAGAUUCCACAUCGAUGAAACACCCAUUCCAAUGGUGCAGGAGAUGCCAGUCAAGAGCUUCGGGCAAUGGUACAAUGCAAGCUUCAAGGACUCAGAUCAGAGUGACCAACUGAGGGAAGAAACCAUAGGGCCUUUCGCACCGCUUUAGUUCUAGA